GUGACUUCUGUGGUGAAGAGACUGUACACAAGCAGAAGGAGAAGAAGGGCAGAGGCAAACAGAACGGGAGGACUGGACUCAUGUGUCAGCUUUGGAUGAAACAUCAAACUCAGGGACGUGAUUAAACCCUUUUGUCAAGCUGAGAACAUCUGCAGAUCUAAAGGAGAGUGUUUCGUCGCACGAGCAAGCAUCAACAUUCAAACUGCAGGUUUGGAGGUGAUCCAGGAUGCAGCCCUACUUCGCUCUGCUGCUGUGGAUUAUGCCCUCUGCUGCUUCAGUGGAAUGGAGGCGUCCGGUGAUCAAGUUCAACUCUAAGAUGUUGGGGAGUUCGGAGGUGGUGGUCAGACCCGGGACCCCUCUGGAUCUGAGAUGUGAGGGUGACGGGCCUGUAAACUGGCAAACGAGGCUACCUAAACACAGACGCUACGUGUCAAGGGGCAACGGGAACGUCCGCACUUUGAGGGUGGACCGUCCCUCUGCAGAAUUCACUGGAACAUACAAAUGUUAUUACACUGCUGCUGGGUCACAGCAACUGACCUCCUCGGUGCACGUGUUUGUAAAAGAUCCAAACCGUGUGUUCUGGACCAGCAGUACAUCUCUGCGGGUGGUGAAGAAGGAGGGUGAGGACUACCUGCUGCCCUGCCUGCUGACAGACCCAGCAGCCACAGACCUGGGCCUCCGCAUGGACAAUGGCACCUCUGUGCCGUCGGGGAUGAACUUCACAGUUUACAGGCACCGCGGUAUUCUUAUCCACAGACUUCACCCCAGCUUCAACGCCGACUAUGUCUGCACAGCGAAGGUCAAUGGAGGGGAGAAGACCUCCAAAGCCUUUUCCAUCAAUGUCAUUCAGAAGCUCCGUUUCCCUCCAUACGUCCUCUUGGAGACAGAGGAAUAUGUGCGCAUUGUUGGGGAAGAACUCAAGAUUCGCUGCACAACACACAACCCCAACUUCAACUAUAAUGUCACAUGGAAAUACACCACCAAGUCGAAACCAGUGAUAGAGGAGAGGGUCCGCUCCAGUGGAGAAAAUCGCCUGGACAUUCAGAGCAUACUGACCAUCCCUGCUGUGGAUCUUGCAGACACAGGAAACAUUUCCUGCACUGGCACUAAUGAAGCCGGGUUGAACAGUUCAACAACAUACCUGCUGGUUGUGGACAAGGCCUACAUCAGGCUGCAGCCGCAACUGUCCCCUAAACUGGCCCACAAGGGUCUUUCAGUGGAGGUGAACGAGGGAGAAGACCUGGAGCUCACUGUGCUCAUCGAGGCGUACCCUCACAUUACAGAGCACAAAUGGCACACCCCGACAUCUCCCAACACGUCCACACAGGAGCACAAGCUCAUCAGAUACAACAACAGAUACCAUGCCACCCUUCAGCUGAAGAGAAUGAAUGCACAGGAACAGGGGCAAUACACUUUCUAUGCCAGAAACAAUUUGGCCAAUGCAUCCAUCACAUUCCAAGUCCAAAUGUAUCAGAGACCCAUUGCUGUGGUGAGAUGGGAAAACAUAACUACACUCACUUGCACCUCAUUUGGCUAUCCUGCUCCCAGAAUCAUCUGGUACCAGUGUUUCGGGAUACGGCCAACGUGUAAUGAAAACACCUCAGGGCUGCAGAUGGCCAUCCCUCUGCAGGCUCCCACUGUGGAGGUCCAGAGGGAGGGAUACGGGGCUGUGGAGGUGGAAAGUGUCCUCACUGUGGGGCCGUCCAGCCGGAGGAUGACAGUUGAGUGUGUGGCCUUCAACCUUGUCGGCGUCAGCCGUGACACUUUUGCCAUGGAGGUUUCUGACAAACUCUUUACUUCCACCUUGACUGGAGCAGCAGGCAUCCUGACCAUCCUGCUUGUGCUACUGGUUUUUCUGCUAUACAAAUAUAAGCAGAAACCCAGAUACGAGAUCCGCUGGCAGAUCAUUGAGGCAAGAGAUGGCAACAACUACACCUUUGUUGACCCCACUCAACUGCCUUACAAUGAGAAGUGGGAGUUUCCGAGAGACAAGUUGAAGCUAGGGAAGAUCUUGGGUGCAGGAGCUUUUGGAAAGGUCGUUCAGGCCACAGCCUAUGGUCUUGGAGAGGAGGACAAUGUGCUGCGUGUGGCAGUGAAAAUGUUAAAAGCCAGUGCCCACUCAGAUGAGAGGGAAGCUCUGAUGUCUGAGCUGAAGAUCCUGAGCCACCUCGGACACCACAAGAACAUCGUCAAUCUACUGGGAGCGUGCACCCACGGAGGACCAGUGCUUGUGAUCACAGAGUACUGCAGCCUUGGCGACCUCCUGAACUUUCUUCGCCAGAAGGCAGAGACGUUUGAGAACUUUAUUAUGAAUGUUCCCGACAUUAUGGAGGAAUCUAAUGACUACAAGAACAUCUGCAGCCAGAAAAAGUUCAUUAGGAGCGACAGCGGGAUCUCCAGUACAUCCUCAAGCAGCUACUUAGAGAUGAGACCCAGCCAGCUGCCAAAUACCGAAUCAUCUCCAGACUCUGUGAGUGAGGAGACUGGUGACUGGCCGCUGGACAUUGAUGACUUGCUGAGAUUUUCCUUCCAUGUGGCUCAGGGCCUUGAUUUUCUGGCUGCCAAGAACUGUAUUCACAGAGACGUGGCUGCGAGGAAUGUCCUCUUGACUGACCGCAGAGUGGCCAAGAUUUGCGACUUUGGCCUGGCACGUGACAUCAUGAACGACUCCAACUAUGUGGUGAAGGGCAAUGCCCGUUUGCCAGUGAAGUGGAUGGCUCCUGAGAGCAUCUUUGACUGCAUUUACACCGUCCAGAGUGACGUCUGGUCCUACGGCAUCCUCUUGUGGGAGAUCUUCUCUUUAGGCAAGAGCCCGUACCCCAGUGUGGCAGUGGACUCCAGGUUCUACAAGAUGGUGAAGCGUGGCUACCAGAUGUGUCAGCCGAGCUUUGCCCCAGCUGAGAUUUACGAGAUCAUGAAGAUGUGCUGGAAUCUGGAGCCUACAGAGCGUCCCAUGUUUAGCAAGAUCAGUCAGAUGAUACAGAGACUACUUGGGGACCAACCUGAGCAGGAACAGUUAAUCUACCAGAAUGUGCAGCAGCAGGUCACGGAGGGUGAAGUGUGUGACGAGCCCAAGUGCUGCGACGGCCCCUGUGACCAGUCUUGUGACCACGAGGAAGAGGAGCAGCCUCUUAUGAAGACCAACAACUAUCAGUUUUGUUAAAAGCCUUAACCUGCCAAUCAGUCAAUUAAUCACUCAUCAAUGAGCAUCAGAAAAGCACGAUCAGCUAUAGCUCGUGGCCAGAGUCCUACAGCUUAUUGUAACCACUGGACAGUCGCAGAGAGUUGCCUUCACAGCUAUUUUUUGCCUGUUGCGCCUGCUCGCCAGACAGACAAGCAGCUGCAGCAAGCAUGUGACUUGCUUCUUUGCAGACCAUGACUGCAAAUUGCCACGUCUAAUGACACCGACUGCAGACAUGAAAGGAGGAAAUGCGUCAACAGACUGCAAAGCAUCCAAAGCUGUACCCUAUCCUAAACGUUACUCACAGACUGUUUAUUACUCCUCCUGAUAUACAUUUCAGGUAUAAUCUGUUAUCUAAAGGAGCAUCUGUUUCUUAAUUUCUUAUUAUGAAUAUAUACAUUUUUUUAUUAAUGUUAUUGUUCCGUGACAAGGAAUGUCUUGUUUUUGUGGGGAUUUCGGCUGCUUGUCAGCAGGUUCAGUUCCUUCUCAUCAUUUUAUUGCAUUUAUGGUUCCUUAGAGGAAGCAAACAAACACUGGAUCCACAACAACAACUACUCUGACUACUCAUCUUCAUGUGCUCUAGACAAGUUAGGUUUUAUUCUCAGAUCACCUUAAAGGGAUAGUUAGGAUAGGAUUUUUUGAAGUGUGGUUGUAUGGAGUAGUCAGUUUGUUACAUAUAGUAGAGAUCAGUUGACAUGCCCCCAGUUUAGAGAAGCAGGCAGGGGUCCAACAAGAAAGCCAGACAAUAUAUUGCUAGGGAUAGGGGCUCAGCAACAAAACACAUUUUAGCCACCUAAAACAAUCCCUCAGGAAAAAACACAACAACAUUAAUCUAAUAUAUUGAGGCAGCCCAAUCUGAUGGAGAAGUUGAUUAUAGCUUCAAGUUUCCCAUCUAUGCCAAAGCCACCAGAUUGCAUUGUCUGGCUUUCAAGAGAAUUAUAGAACAGCUUCAUUUCCCCAUUGGAAAACAUUGUCUGAAAGCAAGUUAAAGCAGUGAAAAUAUUCUAAAUAUAUCAUACACUUAAACUGAUAAUGAUUUUUUAGGUGGUUAGAUAUGUUUUAUUGCAGACUCUUCCACAGCAUCAGAUUUGUCAGCUUCAUUGUCUGACAUCUGUUUUAUAUAAUUCACUGUCUAUGGAUAAGUACACCAUACAAACCCACUUAAAAAGAAUCUGAACUGUCCCUUUAAUAGAAAUAUCCAAACAGUGUGAGUGUUUUUCCUUGUUUUUACCAUGCUAAAUCGACCGUGGAGGCGGCAAAGGCAGACUGUGUUGUUUUUCGUCUUUGUGCAUUGGUCACAGCUGUAAUUCUUAACAGCGCACUUAACAGCAGCUGUCAGUAGCAGCAUGUGAUUGUUCCACUUCAGUCUAAUUAAUUAAGCAGCGGUCAGUGUGAUUUAGGAGCAGCGAAUACAACUGAACUGAGCAGGGAAAUCUGUGGAUCCCUUAUGGAUCAGAUGAACAAUGUUUCAUGUUUGACAAUGUGAAAGUUUCUUUUUUUCUUUCUUAAUCUUCUCAUUUUCUGUAGAGUUAGAUGAGUGUUAAGAUGUAAGCUUCAUUAAUGUCUGUAUGUAGCAGUCAGCCUACACUGCCAACUGUUUGAAGGUUUUAGAAUAACAUAUAAGCUAUGUGAGAGAUACAGACUGCAGAUUUGUGUGAUUUCAGGCAUUUCAAAUUUGCUUGCAUCUGAAUGAAACACAAUUGAGAUGUCUGAUUAUGUAUAUAUCUCAUGUAAAUCAAGAAGUAUCUUUAUUUUCGCUGGAAUAUUGUAGAAUAGAUAGUAAUACAUCAUUAUUUGUGUUGUAUGUGUUUUUUUGUGCAAAUAAGACAAUCAUUGUUGCAAAUUAAAGGAGCAGUGUGAAAGAUUUCAGGAGAUUUAGUGGCGUCUAGUGUUGAGGAUUGCAGAUUGCAGCCAGCUGAAACAUCUUUUGGACAUUGCUUAUUGUUCAAGAGGAUUACCAGGAGCCAAAUUAUCUGCAGAGGUCUAUUCCUCUCCAAAACAAGUGGACCAGGUGAUUAGACCUGGUAAAAAUGCUGCUAGCAGUUUACGUUAAAUCAGUGUUUCACUGUUUCUUCUAUCAGUAUUGGCUAAUCGCAGACAGUCGCUCGCCCAGUGUGUGCUCUCCUUAUUUCUUUCCUUCUUUCUCAAGGUUUUUUAGUGGGAAGCGAUUUAUCCGCAGAGGAUAGCCUCACACAAACAAAUGGACCAGCUGAUUGAACAGAGUUAAAAUACUUUAGAAAGCAGUUUCACACAGAGGAGUUUCAAACAAUGGUCAAUGUGAAAACACUAAUGGUCCUGUCUAAAGCCAGUGUUUGGUUUGUCCACUCUGGGCUACUGUAGAACAACAUGGUGGUGCAGCAUGGCAAUCUCCAUAAAUGAGGACCUGCUCCCUAUGUAGUAAUGAACAGCUCACUCUAUGGUAACAAAAUCACACUUCUUUUUUUCAGCUGAUUAUACACACAGAGAGACAUACUUAAUGCAAUAUAUAUAUGUCAAUAUAUUCUUCUAAAUCCUACACACUGGGCCUUUAAAUCACUGAAAAAGGCUUUGAAUUAGGCUUUGCCACUGAAACUCCAGAAUGUAAGGUUUUUAUACACUGCAAUAUUUCAUAUGGUGACAGAUAUUUUUUUUUUGUUGCUAUUUUUGUUGUUUUACCUCAUGAGCUGAAAGGAACUGUGUGCCUUCAAGUUAUUAUUUCCCCACUGUCUAUUUUUUUAAAAACUGGACAAUGUCCAAUUUGCAUUUCCUCUGGAACAUCUUCCACAGAAUCUGUCAACAUUGCACAACUCUGAAAACUUUGUAGGGAAGUAUACAUCCCACCGCUGAGACAACAGGAAGUCCAAUUGCUUUUUCUUCCUUGUGUAGUUUCAGCUAAAAUAAUGUUUCUUUUGUGAAUUAGCUCACCACUGUUGGAAACUUUAAAGGGGUGCCAGACUUUCUGAAGUAAUUUUUUAAACAGUCCGUCAAGAACUAAACAUAUUAGUGAUGAUGGGAAGAUUACUUGCUACCCUGAUAAAAAGUAAUAAGUAAUAAUAAUAAUAAAUAAUAAAAUAAUAAUAAGUAAUGUCACAGAUACUUCAUCAAAGUGAGUAACAUAUCACAUUGGAUUACUUUUGAUUACUUUCUAAAUGUUUUAAACUGGGCAGUAAAGCAGCAAAACCUCUGGAAAAAGGCUAUGCCAAAAAAGUCUUAGUUUGGGUUUGAGUUUAAAUCAUUAAUUUUAGGCAUCAUUAAAUUUUAAAUGCCCUUUCCUCAUAUAUAUACCUUUCAAAGAUUGUAUUCCUGUUUUUAUUUUUAAAGUUAUUGCUUUGUUUGAUUUCUUCGUCUAGUCCAUUCCACAAAGUGACCCCACAAACUGAAGAGUGGUGUGAACACGAAGCUGUUUAAAAUUAAAUUGAUAUGAUACUUUA